AUGAACAAGCUCAUUAUUGUUGCUCUUAUUGCUUUGGUGUCUGUCGCAAGUGCUUGCUCCAACACCCAAUACAAGACUGCUGCCCCAGUCAUCGUCAAGACUCUUGCUGAUUUGACUCAACAGGAGCGUACCCUCCAUGAGACCAAGAUGCAGGAGAUCAUUGAUCUGUCCCACAAGUUGGUCGCCGCUGGCCAAAUCACCGCCAUCUUCACCGCCUCGAUCGUCGACCCAGCAACCGGAAAGACCCUCUGUAUGACUGGCAACAACGGUGCCCGUGCCUCAAUUCUGCACGGAGAGACCAACGUCAUCCUCAACUGCUCCGACACCUACCCAGGCCGCUCAUGGAAGGACCAUUACCUGUACACCACCGGUGAGCCAUGCCCAAUGUGCCAGUCCGCCAUUAUGUGGUCCGGCUUCCAGAAGGUCAUCUACGCCACCAGCAUCAAGACCCUCUACUGUGACAAGUGCAUGACCCAGAUCCUCAUCGACUCGAACGUCGUCACCGGAUACGGCUACGGUCUCGAGACCUACAACGCCGCAUACACUCCACUGGAGAUCAUCGGAGGUGUGCUCGCCAACGUCACCGACAACACCGUCUUUGAGAACUACUGUGUCAACAAGACAUUCUGGACCUCCAAGACCCCACUGUGCAAUGCCGACUACAACCCCAAGGGAUGCAGCUCUGCCAUCGCCCUCGGAAGCAACAUGUACAUGACCGUCUUUGUUGCCCUCGUUGCCCUGAUUGCUUCGCUCGCUCUUUAA